AUGCUCGGCAAAUGGCAAUCGGGAUCAACUAAUCGCCCACAUCCACAACCACAGCAACCUGAGAGCGUUGAAUCCAUCAACAAGUCAAACGCUACCAUUGGGUUCGCGUUGGCGGUGAAGAAUAGGGGAUGCUCAGGGUUAUCUUACCAUCUAGAAUACGUGGAUAAACCCGCGCCAUUUGAUGAGGUGGUGGAGCAAGACGGAGUCAAGAUCUUGAUUGACAGCAAGGCCUUGUUCAGCAUAAUUGGCACUGAAAUGGACUGGCAAGAGGACAGCCUAGCCAGCCGGUUUGUAUUCAAAAAUCCAAAUAUAAAUGCGCUACUAAACAUCUCCAGCAAAGCAACUAUGACAGAACACCUCCCCCCCGACCUCACCCUCCUCCUCACGAUCCGUUUUUCUGCCUCAAUCCCAGAUGUCCUCCUCGAAAUCCCUGACCCAACCCUCCUGACAGCCGCGGGCCUCAAACAACUCAUCCGCCAACAUCUCCCACAGGACCUCUCCACACACCGUCUCCGCCUCAUAUAUGCUGGCAAGGCCCUCAAUGAUACCUCUCCUCUCGCCUCCAGUCUAAAAAUCGCCUCUACCAUACCUGGGAUCGGACAUAAUAACCAUAAGACCUCAUCCCCGUUGCCGGAUUACUCCUAUUUGGUCGGUGCUGGGAAUAGGAAUGUGAAAGACAAAGGCAAAGCACCCGUGCGUGAUCCGCCCACACCACAGCUACGGACGUACAUUCACUGCUCGAUCGGAGAUAUCAUCCUCUCCGCAGCAGAGUUAGAGGUGGAGGCGCGGCUUGCACGUGCGGCGGAAGAAGAUGAUACAGAGGGCUGGGAAGGGACCAAGCGGCCAGUGGUGGAUAGCAAGUCCUCCUCUCUGCUUAUCCCUUCUUCUUCUUCUUCUCUCAACAACCCACCACAAUCCUCCUCCUCGUCAUCGUCCUUAGAUGCUUUUGCUACCGCACCGCGUGGUACCAUUUCCACUUCCACUUCUACACACCAUGGCCACGGCCAGCAGCACGCCCAAUCAGCAUCCACCUCCACCCGUCCAUCACCUACCCCCACUGGUCCCAGAGGCUUCGACCGCUUGUUAGAAGCAGGCUUCACAUCUGCCGAAGUGUCUGCACUGCGCUCGCAGUUCCUCGCCCUCCAGUCCCUCUCGUAUACGCCGGAUACAAUGCCGUCCGGCGCGGAGCUGCGACGCCUUGAAGAUAUAUGGAUGGACGAGGGGGCUUCUGCGGGCUCGAUGGAGAUGGGCGGCAGCGGCAUGGGGACAGGUGGGGCCAGUGGCAGUGGUGAUGCGGGGAUUGCGAAUUAUGGGGUCGGGACAACGUCGGGGGCAGCAGGACCGCUGGAUGACAUGCUGUGGGGUUCGGUGAUGGGGUUCUUUUGGCCGGUGGGGUGUGGGCUGUGGUUGCUAAGGGAGCAGGGGGUUUGGAGUUGGAGGAAGGGGUUGGCGGUUUUUGUGGGGAUUGUGGUUAAUUUUGGGUUUGGGGUCGUGAGGUUUUUGAACUGA